AUGUAGCCAAUCAUCUUUCUUUCCAACAAGCUCCUCGUACACGGUGUAUCGUGUCACAAACUCACACGCGGCUAAGGUAACCGGAAGUCACCACGUUUCGAAUCCCCACGCGUCGAACCCCAAAUUUAAUUAAUUACCAACAGCAUCAAAGAUCCAUCAUAUAUCUACACCAACCUCCAAUUAUGUUUUGGUUUUUGUUCCAGAAUAUUGGGAGCCUCAGAUUGAUUUAGCCAUUGACUCUCUCUCUCUCUCUCUCUCUGUGGCUCGCUCGUACGCAUACCCUAUUCUUGUUUUUUGUGAGAAAUCUUCAUAUUUCGUUGCCACAACCCCCUUGAGCUGCUAAUCCUUGCUCUGAUCACCUCAAUUACUCAAAGGCUUCAAAGCUAUGGCGAAGGACAGUGAGUACUAUGACAUAUUGGGCGUCGGUGUGGAUGCAUCUGCAGCUGAGAUUAAGAAGGCUUACUACAUAAAGGCAAGGUCAGUUCAUCCCGAUAAAAAUCCAGGAGAUCCAAAGGCUGCCCACAAUUUCCAGGUCCUUGGGGAGGCUUAUCAGGUUCUAAGUGAUGCAGAAAAGCGUGAAGCAUAUGACAAAUAUGGAAAGGCUGGAGUACAACAGGACUCAAUGCUGGACCCAGCAGCGGUAUUUGGAAUGCUUUUCGGGAGUGAAUUCUUUGACGACUAUGUUGGCCAACUUGCACUGGCUUCCAUGGCAACUGUUGAGCCUGAGGAAGACCCACACCUUCCUCCUGAAGUACGGAAGCAAAAAGUUCAUGACAAGUUGAAGGCAUCUCAAAAAGAAAGAGAAGAAAAACUGACAACUUUUUUAAAAAAACGCCUCGAACCAUUUGUUGAAGGUAAAACAAAGGAGUUCGUGGAUUGGGCGCAAUCAGAAGCUCGACGUCUUUCGCAAGCUGCUUUUGGUGAGGCUAUGUUGCACACUAUCGGGUACAUUUACACAAGGCAAGCCGCAAGAGAACUAGGGAAGGACAAACGGUAUAUGAAGGUCCCAUUUAUUGCAGAAUGGGUAAGAGAUAAAGGACACAUGAUAAAAUCACAGGUUAUGGCAGCCUCAGGUGCUGUAUCAUUAUUGCGGAUGCAGGAGGAGUUUAAGGAGGCUAACCAAGGAGAAAUCAAAGAGGAGAACUUAAUGAAAGCCAUUGAAGAUAAGAAAGAUGCAGUGCUUCAGUCCCUUUGGCAGAUCAACGUGGUUGAUAUUGAGACAACUCUAACACGCGUUUGCCAAGCAGUUCUAAAAGACCCUAGUGUUACAAAGGAAGUUCUCAAGCUCCGGGCGAAAGCGAUGAAAAAGCUUGGCACUAUUUUCCAAGGUGCAAAGGCUAUUUAUAGCAGAGAGAACAGUUUACGCCAUGAAACAACCGGUAUGGUACAUGCCGAUACAUCGUCCAAGUAAUGCUGAUUUUACUACCUUUUUCUGUUUGUUUGUUUUCCUGGGUUGUACACCGUGUAUGUAUCGGUAGUGGUUGGUCUCUUGUCAAAUCCUGUUUAGUAUGCUCUGGUCUUCAAGUUUGGUUCAAUACAUGAACUUUUUAUACUCUAAUCUAUCACUAGGCCUAUCAAUGAACCGGAUCCAAUCUGGAUUAUGGUAGAUUCAUUUCAAGCUCGA